AUGACUGCCAGUGCGAUUGCAGAUACCGCCACCACGACUGCGGCACUGGCAUCGACUUCACUGACGUCUUCGGUGGCAGCAGGCGACACCGAGCUGCCUGUGGAGUCCACGGUGGGGUUCGACGUCGGCGGCUCCAUCGAAAUCGAGGGCGGCGGCAACCGCGAGUCGGGGCUCAUUGUGAGCAUCGGGUCGAUCACGCUGGCCAGCGGGUUGGCGAACGGCUACCCCCUCGGCUCUACCGUCACCUACGUCACCCCACCACUACCAGGAACGAGCACCAGCAGCGCGAUGGCCACGAGCACUUCUGCACCGCCACCACCAACAGUCACGAGCGCUACCCCCUCAUCCAGCACCGCCGCCAGGACGAGCGCUGGGCCCAUGAUCGAUCAGGACCAGAUCUCAGAUGCAUCAACAGUAGUUGUCGUCGGCAUCGUUGGCUCCUGCCUGGCCUGCGGCACUAUGUGCGCCGUGCUGUGCUGCUUGAGCCGUCGGUUCUUCAGCCGAGGCGGAGAUCUAGAAGUGGAGGUUGGACACCCCGAUCCGAGCAAAGACGGAUUGUCUGAAGUGCAGGUUGAACCGAAGAUCGUCGAAGAAGACCUUGAAGCGGAGCUUGGUCAUCCGGGUCCGUUCAGCGACGACGAUUCUGAAGCGGAGAUCGGGCAUCCAGGUCUGGAUGAGACCGGGGACCAAGUUACCCAGAACGAUCUGCGUAAGAGCAUGGAUUUUUGGUUCAUCCCCGUGAGCGAGAUCAUGCGCAUGCCGGUCGACGCUCCCAUCCCACGCCAUCAGACGUGCCGUGACAUGGGAUUGUUGGUCAAGCGGAGGAUCGACAUCGACGACGUCUUGUCUGGAAACCUUUGCGUUGACACAGCGGCCGUGUCACAUCGUUGGCCAGUGUCAGAGCAUUUCGAUCCGCAGUGCACCAAGUUGAGUAAAUUGCAAGAGGUCUUGCCACGUACACCGUCCAUUAAGUGGCUGUGGAUUGACUGGAUCUGUGCUCCUCAAUGGCACGACGGUGGGCGCACCGAUGAGGAGGAGGUUGAAUUCAAAAUGAUUUUAAAACACAUUCUUCCAUUCAUCUUCCUCGGGUGCAAAGUGAUCGUCCUGUACGAGCGGAUCUACAACCAGCGGUUCUGGCCAAAUGUGGAGUGUUGGAUUGCCACCAAAAUGGCGACACCUCACGGGCUCGUUCCGGCUAGCGACGAUCGUCUCCGAGUGCUAGUCCACGGCAUACAUUCGGCUGGCGGGCACGAUAAAGCCAACCUUGCACAGGUACUAGAGUAUUGGCACAGGGCCACUGCGCAAGAAGCAAUCACGAUUCUCUCGCACGACGAUAUCCUUGUCACCAACGCGAAAGACAAGGAAGUCAAUCUCAAGGUGGUUGCGUCUUUGAACGAGCAGAUCCGGUGCCAUCACAGCUCGUUACACGUCGUUUAG